GUUUUAGUUUUCGCUUUGCUUCAACUGGCCAACGCGCAAAACAGUAAGUCUCUGUGAAAUUUUAUUUGUGUUAUUAUUAUUAUUAUUAUUAUUGUUAUGAAGUUUUUGCUUGAAAGACCGGUGAAACAACCGGUUUUGGAUAGUCUUUUUAACUACUUAACUAAGAGGGUGCUAAUGGGGGUACCCAGUUCUCAGUUAACUACUAAUUUUUCGGCCAAGAAUCAGUUAACUACCAUUUUUUUGGCCAAUUCUCAGUUAACUACUAAUUCUAGGUACCUAUCAACUUUCACUUUCCUACAGCGCAUAUUAUUCCGUCAUAACCCGAAUUUUCUUUACUUCUGCAGGUCAAUCAAUUUUGGGGGUAGGCCCUACUAAAUUCAGGUUUAAACUUACAUGAAUUCACAUAAACUCCGCCACUAUAGUACCAUUUAUAAUUAAAUCUUACCGAAGUAAUAAAAAUGGGUAAGCGAUAGCUGUUAAGACUCCUAUUAACCAAUUUUUGCUGUAAGCACAAAUCAUAUUGAGUCGUAUAAACCAUCAACGUACAUCCAGAUGCACCGGUCAUGAUCUCGUACUGAUCUUCCCGACCUGGUCAUGCAUAUUUCCUGCUACACACUUCUCCAAAGUCACCUUCUUCGUCACUUUUAGUUCAUUAUCUGAAUCAGUCUCGUACUUAACUAGUUGCUGUAUAUCCUGUAUCUUGUUGUUGCCUAAGUUUCAAUCAAUUUUCAAUCCUUGCAAUCCAUUGCAAAAGAAAGACGACGAGAAACAAUAUUAAUGUUAAAAUAUCGUCUUAAAUAACAAAACUGGACCAAUAUUUUGGGCAUUCAAUUGAUGCAUAAAAAAAAGUUUUAGCUUGUUAAAAAGGUAGCAAAUAGCAUGACAUAGUCCCGUGACUCUGGUGGUUAAGAUCCCGCUUUAUCUUGAGUUGAUUCGCUUCUUAUAGUUCGUUGUUAAACAGGUCGAAAGUUCUCUAUCCAGUCCCUUAUUACAACUUCAUCUUCUUUUCUCACUGUUUGCACCGAUGGGAGAGACAGUUUAGACUGCUGACAAAGCCAUGAAAGUAUUUGAUACUGGACAACUCGACUCUUUGUGAGUGUAGCCCACUUCGAAUUCCUAGUUCUCUUAAGAGAUUCUUUCACUGUGGUUCCAAAGUCUUGGGCAUAGUUCAAAGCAGUAAAUGUUUUGUGUUGAAGUGAGAAAUCGCGGUUUUCCACCUGCUUGUCAGAAGUUUUUUGUACUUCGAUACAGACUUCGUCGACAUCCUCUUUCGCGUCCCUCAAUGUUACCUUUACAAACAUUGUUUCGCGUAAGUAAAAAUUCCACGUAUUUAAAAAAAAACGCUGUUUUCUUUGAGCUAUCAGAACUUUUUUUGGCCAGAUCCAAUGCCGGCUAAGAGUCACAGCUUGUUUCUUUUGUUAGCAAUGUUUAACUUGGCGACGAUCUUUGAGUUGUCUACAACCAGCUCUAUGACUGACGCUUUCUGUUUGCCGGGUACUGCUCUGGUGCCUUUUUGCAUAUACUAAUAUCAGUUAAUGUACCACCAGGUUAUCAAUAGGACUAACCUGAGAUCAGGCUUUAUUUUCGUUUCGCUUUGAAAAUUACACUCCGGCGGGCAAUUGCAAGGCGAAACGAAAAGAGAGCCUGAUACAAACCUUCUACGAAACGUCUGCCGCCCACUUUUUUGAUUGAUUGACAUUUGCCGAAUCAGCCAACCAAAAUUACUUCCGUUGCUUGUAAUUCUAGUAUGCAAAUUUUUCACGCGUGGGAAAAAUGCAGACUGGCUGACUUAAAAAAAUAGCUUUUAUCAGGGACGCCCAGCGACAAUUUUCGGAAAACAUCUGUUUGGAAGACGAUUUGAGAUCUAGAAUUUUCGGGACAUUUUUUCCAACAUUUCUUGCUUGUCUUCCUUUCCUAGGAUUUUCGAACAUUUAAAAAAAUGGUAUAAUUGCCCAUUUUUAACCGAUUUUUAUCCUAAAAAGGACACCUACAAUUUUCGGGAGCCUUUUUUCUGGCUGAAAUUUUCGAAAAGGGUUUUGAUCCCUAUAAUUUUCGAAUCACUAGACUUUCAGCUAGGAAAUCCGAACAGAUGAAAAAUUUUUAGGGGAUAAAAAUAUGCCUAUAUCUACCGUUUUAAUACUAAAAUACCUUUAAUAAUGCUAUGUUUAAGUGGUUUUGAACUAUAUUCUCGUUUUUUUAUUUUUUUGUUGCCUUAAUAUUUUCCUCGGCAAUUUUCCCCGAUUUUCAGUACAUAAAUCUUUAAAAACAAAAGCAAACAGCCAACGAGUGAGGACAACAGUUUUCCUGGUUUAUAUUUUACAAAAAGCGAAGGCAAUCAACCAGUCUGUUACCUUAAGCCACAAGCUUUUAUAACAAUGCCUACAAAAAUUCCUUGAACAGCGAUGCGAUAUUUUUCGUCUAAUACUUCACAGUUGGCGAUGGAGGUUUCUUUCGCAGUGAGCCUCCGCUUGCGUACCCCGUUCAGAGAAGUCAUUCCCAGCUAAACUUUCAGAUGAAAGCAGUUUUUAGAUGAACAGUAUUUGGAUUUGCACUCGUUUGUUGGUAAAUCAAAAGGCACCUUGUUAGCAGUCAACAACUUACAGAGGGAUUCAACUCCGCGAUACACUCACAUUAAUUCCGUAAAUAAAGCAAAUUCUGAGAAGAUGUGAACAACCAUAUGAAUUUUCUGAACUUCCAUGGCACAUAUUAAGGCAUAUUUUCCUUCCAUAAGACCAUAAACAAUAAAAAAGACAGCAAAAUCGAUCCUUCUCUCAGCCGACGACGGAUCAUUCACGAAAACAACCACGCGAGGAAUAAGUGCUUUCAACUUCCGGUGUCUCCGACAGCCAAUUAGAUCCUGUGGCAUUGUUCUAACAGCCAAUCAGCGUUACGGUCAAAAUCUGGCUGUAACGAGCACAAACGUGAGAGAGUUUGUAUCAGGCCCAAUUUUAGCGGUAGCCGUUAGAGAGAAUGUAUGAGAACCGCUAAAAUUGGGCCUCAUAUCAGGUUACAGUGGAACAGAAGAAAAUCAGAAAAUAGCAUUUCUGUUUGGAAAACUUUGCUGCUUUCAUUAACAUUAACGAUCGUAUUCAGUAUAAUUGAUAGAAUCUCACUUAACUGUUAACUUUUCAUUUCUCAGUUAACUACUAAUUUUGUGGCCAAUUAUCAGUUAACUACUGUUUUUUUAGGCCAAAUAUCAGUUAACUACCAACCCCAUUGGCACCCUCAAUUAACAUAAUAUACUUCGGCUGGGUCUUUGAAAAGGGAUUUAAAAAAUAUUUUAUUAGAAUUAAUGUACCAUUUUUUCUUAAAUUAUGGUUAUGCUAAAUAAAAUCACUAUAAUUACUCCUUACAGCUACUUUAGUACCCAGUCUUCUGAAAGAUCCUCCGAUGUUGAGUUGCACUAACAAUAGGAAAUAAGUGUUAGCACAACUCAAAACCUUAAACGUCGACAAAACGGCUUCCAAAUGGCUUUAGAAGAAAAUUAAGAAACAGUAAAUAACAGAACAAAAACACAAAGUGAGUCAUUUUAAUUUAAUUUUUUGUCAAAACAUGGAAUUUAGGACGUAUUUUGUUUAUUUUCAUACAUUCUCUUCUAAAUCCAAAGUCCAACGACCUCCCACAGAGUUUGGGUUGCCUGUGGUGAAAUUUAAAAGGUUUGCCAAUUCCAGAUUCCCCCGUUCCAGAUUCCUCCCUUUCCAAAAACCGUCAACAAAAAUGGCGGAUGUGGUAAAUUUGAGUCAGCUCUCUCCUCAACCACUUUGGCUCUCUUCUUCGUUACUGUAAAACCAUGACCACCUUGACAAUGGUGGUUGCAAAUCUUCAUUCUUAAGCACAGAACAAUUUGAGAGUGGCAUCAGUAUCCUGGAUAAUAUGGCAAAUUCUCGUUCCUCACACCGACCGUAACUUACUAGCUGCCAAGUAUUUUAACACAAUUAAUUAGCUGAAGGACGAAACUAUAUAAUGAUGUGAAACAGGGCCCUCAAAGGUGAGCCUUUUCUGCGAGUUAAUUAUUUAAAUCGCUGUGGCUAUAUGGCCGGUUUUAAACUGGUCAAGGUUACUAGAAUGACCGGCAGUCCACUCCUAUUUUGUAACCUUAACUUUCAUAACUAACUAUCAUAUGUUGAUGAAGAAAAGGCAAGCGAAAUUUACUGAUAAGGUAAAUAAAAUUGCCUUCUAUAGAGUUAUUACUAAUAAAUUUUAAAUCAAAUUGUACAUAACCUUCAGUGGGAAUAAAUCCAUCUUUUAUUUGAAACAUAUGCGCAGUAACAAAUAAGGAACAACCGGCAAAACAUAUUUGCAAGUUAUAUUUACAAGACAAUGUGAAUUGUCGUUUCUAUGUACAAUAAAAUGUAGUUAUAAAGAAAUUACAUGUAUUUGUGGGGUUCAAUUAGCCCCGGAAACCAAGCCAUCUACAAUUAAGAAACAAUUUAAUUUUGCAGGGGAUCCUUAAUUCAAAGCAACAUCAGGGAAAAGCAUUAGUCCAAACACGUUUAUAGAUAGGAAGAUUUAAAGUAGUAUGAGAGCUAAAUGUCAUGUUUUCUUGAAAAUUAUUUCAGCAUUGAGACUGGUUGGAGGAUCUAGCAGCUGGGAAGGAAGAGUCGAAGUAUUUUAUAAUAACCAAUGGGGAACAGUUUGUGAUGAUUACUGGGAUAUAAAUGAUGCCCGUGUUGUUUGCCGUCAGCUUGGGUAUCCUGGCGCUAUUAGUGCUCCAGGGUCUGCCCGAUUUGGGGCUGGAAGUGGUCCAAUUUGGCUGGAUGAUGUGAAUUGUCAAGGCAGCGAAACUUCAAUUGGCUAUUGUAGGCAUAGAGGAUGGGGCAUCGAGAACUGUGGUCACUAUGAAGACGCUUCAGUAGUAUGUUAUGGACUAGGAUCUGGAGGUUAG